CGGCUGAGAUCUGUUUUGAUGAGCUGGGCUGCUACAAUAACCUUCCUCCCUGGGGGGGCACUAAUCAGAGACCAGCCACCACCCUGCCCUGGCACCCUGACGAGAUGGGCACCCGCUUCCUCCUCUUCACCCAGAAGAACCGUUACUACCAGGAUAUCAAGAUGGACAAAACCAUCCAGGCAUCAAACUAUAGUGGGAGGAGAAAGACUCGAUUCAUUAUUCCUGGCUAUCUGAAGAAAGGAGAUGAGGACUGGCCACAGGAGAUGUGUCGGGACCCCAAACCAGACGGACCGGGAACUGGAGAAGGAGGAGGAGCAGAGACAGAAGACCCACCUUCAGGAGCGGCACGGGAGGGCUGA